GAUCUGAAGCAGCAGAACCAGUACCAGGUGUUUGAGCGGCAGCUGGAUGAGAGUCGCUGUGCCAUGUUGGAGCUGCAGAGAGAAAACGCAGCACUGAAGAAGCAGUUAAAGGAGAGGUCAGUGCAGGAGAAUCCCGAAGCCGAGGAGAAAGAGGAGGAAAGCGUUGAUAUACGGAAGAAGAGAGACGCCCAGCUGGAAGAAGAAGCACAACGUCUGAAGGAGGAAGUGGAGAAACUGCGGAUAGAGAUGGAGAAACUGGAGGAGUCGCAGAAACACUGGGAGGAGAAAAAGGAGGAAGAUGUCAAAGAGGAAGAGAUGGACGAGGAGAAGAAGAAGGAGCGAGAGGAGGACAAGAGGAGAGAGGAGGUGGAGGAGAUCCGGAGGAAGCACAAGAAGGAGAUGCAGAGUUUGGUGUCGGAGUACAGCAGCGCCCAGACGCACCUGCAGGCUCGCAUCGUGGCCUUGGAGAACGAACUGCGCGAGCGGGAGGAACGGUGCAGGAGGAGGGAGCCGCGGUGUGACGACCUGCAGCUGGGGAGACUUCAGGAGAGACUGACUGAGAGAGACCAGCUCAUCAAACGAUUGGUG